AUGAGAAGGGAUGAAAUCACCAUCCCUGCUGACCAGUCUCAGAUGGACAUCGUCUGCCCUAAUGUCUCUGCUGACCUCCAGGCUUGCAUCUCAGAUUUCCAUACUGAUAAUUCAAACUGCACAACCUUUGGGCAUCUGAAACUCAUUGCUCAGAACCAUAGGAGUCCUCUGACUCCUCACUGGCUCUCAUCGCACAUAGCCAAUAUGGUGCCCACACCUGCCAGUUUCACCUUUGCAGCAUCUCCCCAAUAUGCCUCCUUCUGUCCUGUGUUCUUUCAGCAGCAGGAGGUGGUGACAUUGAAGGACGUGGCUGUGGACUUCACCGAGGAGGAGUGGUGCCUCUUGUCCCCUCCCCAGAAGGAGCUGUACAAGGAGGUGAUGCUGGAGAAUGCCCGGAACCUGUGCUCUGUGGGGCUUGCAGUUUCCAGAGAAGACGUGAUCUCUUAUUUUGAGCAAAGGGAAGCCCCGUGGAUGCUAGAGCAAGAAGACCUGAGAAACUGCUCUCCAGGAAAGAUCAUACCACAACUGAAGGAGACUCCAACAGAAGUGAGCCUCUCUGUGAAAGAAAUGGACCUACAAAGAUCCGUGAGUGAUGGUCCCAGUAGCUUAGCUUGGAGAGAACAUGGUGUUGAAUCUCAAAAUUCAUCUCUUAUUGAACAUGAAAGAAUGCACACUGAGGAAAGCUCUAGUCAACAUAAUCAGUGCGGAAAGACGUUUAUGCACAGGGCAAGUCUUGUACAACAGAGAAUUCACACUGGGGAGAAAACUUAUGAAUGCAAUCACUGUGGAAAGACAUUCACUCAGAGCUCCAGUCGUGCUGUACAUCAGAGAAUCCACACUGGGGAGAAACCUUUUGAAUGCAAUCAGUGUGGAAAGACAUUCAGUUGGAGCUCCAAUCUUACUGCACAUCAGAGAAUACACACUAGAGAGAAACUUUAUGAAUGCAGUCACUGUGGAGAGACAUUCAGUAAGAGCUCCAGUCUUAUUUGUCAUCAGAGAAUCCACACUGGGGAGAAACCUUAUGAAUGCAAUCAGUGUGGAAAGACAUUCAGUCGGAGCUCCAGCCUUGCUGUACAUCAGAGAAUCCAUACUGGGGAGAAACCUUAUGAAUGCAAUCAGUGUGGAAAGUCUUUCAGAGACAGCUCCAAUUUUGCUGUGCAUCAGAGAAUCCACACUGGGGAAAAACCUUAUGAAUGCAAUCAGUGUGGAAAGACAUUUAGGGAGAACUCUAGUCUUGUUUGUCAUCAGAGAAUCCACACUGGGGAGAAACCUUAUGAAUGCAAUCAGUGUGGAAAGACAUUCAGUCGGCGCUCUCUUCUUGCUGUUCAUCAGAGAAUCCACACUGGGGAGAAACCUUAUGAAUGCAAUCAGUGUGGAAAAACUUUCAGGGAAAGCUCCAAUCUUGGUGUGCAUCAGAGAAUCCACACUGGGGAGAAACCUUUUGAAUGCAAUCAGUGUGGAAAGACAUUCAGAGAGAGCUCCAGUCUUGCUAUACAUCAGAGAAUCCACACUGGGGAGAAACCUUAUGAAUGCAAUCAGUGUGGAAAGACAUUCAGGACGAGCUCCAGCCUUGCUGUACAUCAGAGAAUGCACACUGGGGAAAAGCCUUAUGAAUGCAAUCACUGUGGAAAGGCAUUCAGGCAGAGCUCCAGUCUUGCUAUACAUCAGAGAAUCCACACUGGAGAGAAACCUUAUGAAUGCAAUCAGUGUGGAAAAACAUUCAGGAAGAGAUUCAGUCUUGCUGUACAUCAGAGAAUCCACACUGGGGAAAAGCCUUAUGAAUGCAAUCACUGUGGAAAGACAUUCAGGGAGAGCUCCAGUCUUGCUAUACAUCAGAGAAUCCACACUGGAGAGAAACCUUUUGAAUGCAAUCAGUGUGGAAAGACAUUCAAUCAUAGCUCCAGUCUUGUUCCACAUCAGAGAAUCCACACUGGGGAGAAACCUUAUGAAUGCAAUCAUUGUGGAAAGACAUUCAGUCGGAGCUCCCAUCUUGCUGAACAUCAGAGAAUCCACACUGGACAAAAAACUUAUGAAUGCAAUCAGUGUAGAAAGAUAUUCAGGGAGAGCUCCAGUCUUGCUUAUCAUCAGAGAAUCCACACUGGGGAAAAACCUUAUGAAUGUAAUCAGUGUGGAAAGACAUUCAAUCAUAGCUCCAGUCUUGCUCCACAUCAGAGAAUCCACACUGGGGAGAAACCAUAUGAAUGCAAUCACUGUGGAAAGACAUUCAGUUGGAGCUCCAGUCUAGCUUAUCAUCAGAGAAUCCAUACUGGGGAGAAACCUUAUGAAUGCAGACAGUGUGGAAAGACAUUAAGUCUGUGUUCAAAUCUUGUACAACAGAGAAUGCACGCUGGGGAGAAACCUUAUGAAUGCAAUCAGUGUGGAAAGACAUUCAAUCAGAGCUCUAGUCUUACUGUACAUCAGAGAAUUCACACUGGGGAGAAAACUUACGAAUGCAAUCACUGUGGAAAGACAUUCACUCGGAGCUCCAGUCGUGCUGUACAUCAGAGAAUCCACACUGGGGAGAAACCUUUUGAAUGCAAUCAGUGUGGAAAGACAUUCACUUGGAACUCCAAUCUUGCUGUACAUCAGAGAAUCCACACUGGGGAGAAACCUUAUGAAUGCAAUCAGUGUGGAAAGAAAUUCAGUCAGAGCUCCGGUCUUGCUGUACAUCAGAGAAUCCACACUGGGGAGAAACCUUAUGAAUGCAAUCAGUGUGGAAAGACAUUCAGGGUGAGCUCUGGCCUUGCUAUACAUCAGAGAAUCCACACUGGGGAGAAACCUUAUAAAUGCAAUCAGUGUGGAAAGACAUUCAGGUUUAGAUCCAGUCUUACUGUACAUCAGAGAAUCUACACUGGGGAGAAACCUUAUGAAUGUAAUUAUUGUGGAAAGACAUUCAGGCACAGCUCCAUUCUUUCUGUACAUCAAAGAAUCCACACUGGAGAGAAACCAUAUGAAUGCAAUCAGUGUGGAAAGAUAUUCAGCCGGAGCUCCAAUCUUGCUGUACAUCAGAGAAUCCACACUGGGGAGAAACCUUAUGAAUGCAAUCAUUGUGGAGAGACAUUCAGUCAGAGCUCCAAUCUUGCUGCACAUCAGAGAAUCCACACUGGGGAAAAACCUUAUGAAUGCAAUCACUGUGGAGAGACAUUCAGUCGGAGCUCGAGUCUUGCUGCACAUCAGAGAAUCCACAGUGGGGAGAAACCUUAUGAGUGCAAUCAGUGUGGAAAGACAUUCAGUUGGAGCUCCAAUCUUGCUGUACAUCAGAGAAUCCACACUGGGGAGAAACCUUAUGAAUGCAAUCAGUGUGGAAAAACUUUCAGAGAGAGCUCCAAUCUUGCUGUACAUCAGAGAAUCCAUACUGGGGAGAAACCUUAUGAAUGCAAUCAGUGCAAACUGAAGAAAGAUCCAAAUGGCAAGACACAAUGGCGUUUUGUGCAGGACCUAAGAGCAGUGAAUAAUUUUGUUAAGAAAGGACAUGCAGUGGUACCUAGCCCGGCAAAUAUCAUCGCCAAGAUUCCAAGUAAUGCGGCCUGGUUCACGGUCGUGGACCUGAGACUCGAGUGCCCUAAACUGGGCGAGCACAGGCAGGAGCAGCCCAGGAGGACCAGAGGAGGAGGGGAGAAGGGCCGAGGGGGUGCGGCGGGAGGCGGAGCUGAGACAGCAGCCAGGGACGAGAGAAGGCCUGGCAGGGAAAGGGCGGAGCCGUCCAGCCCACCAACCAGCGGCCGCGCAGAGGCCUCUGGGAAGCAGGAAGUCGGGAGCGCGCGGUCCUUAGCUCCUCCCUCCCAUCCCCAGAUCGGGGCUGCCGCGGACCUGCGGCUCCCUCAGCUCAGAGAAUGGCUCAGUUGGGGAUUUCGUGGAUCCGGGAAGGCGGGGAGAGGAGCGCCGGUCAGAGGAGAGGCCCAAAGUGGGGAGGACCCGGAGACCAGCUCCCGCGGGGGCCGCCCUGAGGCUCCUUCAUGGACACACUCGGCUCACCCCAAGGCGGGAGCAGACCCGGAGCAGCAGCGCCCGGAUGACGAGCCGUGGGCAGGCUGUGAGGUUCGGUACCGGGUGAUGCAGCGUGUCCGCGGGGCUGCUCUGCUCACCAGGGUUCGGCUGUGGCUGCCGCCUUCCCCUUUGGGCUCUCGUGUCCUGCCAAAACGUCCUGCCUGGGGAGGGACCCAGGAGUCCCGCCUCCCUGCUCCUCGCACCCAGAGCCCCGGGCUCCUGCUCCCCUCCUCCCCCUUCUUUCAGAGCCCGCAGCGCCAUGAAAGGCAGCAGAACCCCGGGAGCGACCCUGGCUCUGAGCCUGAGGCUUCCCUGCCAUGA